ACCGGCAAGUCCGUUUCCUUGUAUUUGGUCCAAAGAAGCCCAAUCCUCGGGUCUCGGACGCUUUCCACCGGUGGAAAGCCCGGGUUCUGUGAAGGAGGAGGAACCACAUGCUGUCAUCCACCUUGAGCGCUUUCUCCAUGACAAUGCUCGGGCAAUUGGCUGGUUAACAGCGGGCAGCCCGGCCAGCCAAUCAGCGCUCAGCAGCAAGAUGAGAAAGAGGAGCCGUGUGCUAUUAGAGGGAGGCACAAGAAGUCCUUCAACACACAGCAGAGUGAGGGGGCCUGAAAGCUUGCUCUCAGCAGCCAUUUUCCUAAAAAAAAACACAGGGACUUAAUGGCCUACAUGGGUUUCCUUUGUUCCAAAAAGGGAUCUUACACUUGAUUUCCUCACCUCUCACGGACUAUGAUAAGAUCCAAUGAUUGCUUUAAAAGGAACUGAGAAGAAGGAAGAGAAUGUACUGGAUGUAAUUACCUUGUGAACAUUUUCAGCCUUUUUUCCUUUGCUUGGAAUCAUCCAUCUUUGUCUUAGGCCAGGCCACAUGGCACAAUCAUAAUACUAUUUUUCUCGUUUUAAAACAAAUGCAGUAAAUAAAUAGCUUAAUGGCUAUGGGAAGGGGGAGAAAAACAGUUAAUGUGUAUUCAAGGCCUUGUAUGAGUAGCAAUGAACACUGAUGGAUUUUUGAAGAUUGGGCAGAAUGGUUUGUGCUAACCCCAAAACAACUAAAUGACCUUGCUUCAAGGGCACGUUCUAUUCCCCAAACAGGUCUACUCGACAGCCUCUGCAGUCAGUUGUCCCAAGCCAGGGGAGAAGGGACCACGAUGGAAGAUAUUUACCUCAAAUGCAGUCAACGGGCCUACAUGCCGCAGAGGCAGGAGGGACGAUUUCAGCUCCAUCUUCGGAUCCUCCAACAAUGUCAUUAAUACGGGAUGGGGAUACGUCUCCUGAAAAGGAAGGAAUCCAUUAGCACAAAAGAUAGAGAGUGGGGGCUAAAAAGAAAGAAAAAUGAUGGGUGCUUCUUGCCAUUGCCUCCUCAGUCUGUGAACAACGCAUCUUCACCCAUCAACUGUUGGGGCAAUAUGCAAAACCAUCUCUCUCUCUCUCCUUGAAGACAGGAUAAGAUCAACCUUAAAAAACUUCCACAUCGACCAUUCUCAUUAAGCAUCACCACAUUAAAACUACAAGGAAAUGUUAUUUGGAAAGAUGUUCUUUGCCAUGCACGGGCUUCAUUGAAAGAGUUUUUUUCAGCGGGAUGACACAAAAUAAAGAUACCGGCUCCACUCAUGACACAGAGGAACUCAAGAUUGUCGUUGUGGGAGAUGGAGGCUGUGGGAAAACAUCUCUUCUCAUGGUGUAUGCCAAGGAUUACUUUCCAGAGAAAUAUGCCCCGACAGUGUUUGAAAAAUACAGCACCUCUGUGGUCUUGAAAGGAAAAGAAGUCAAGCUCAAUGUAUACGACACAGCAGGCCAAGAGGACUACGACAGGCUGCGACCGCUCUCGUACCAGGAGGCCCAUCUGAUUCUGUUGUGCUUUGACGUGACCAACCCCACCAGUUUUGACAACGUGACCAUCAAGUGGCACCCUGAAGUGAAACACUUCUGUCGGGACGUCCCGGUCAUCCUGAUUGGCUGCAAGACCGACCUGAGGAAGGACAAAGAGUGCACCAGGAGGCUAAAGGCCGUUAACCAGGCUCCUAUUACGUACAUGCAGGGACAGGCUGCCCAGCGGGUGAUGGAAGCCGAACUCUACUUGGAGUGUUCGGCCAAGUACCAGGAGAAUGUGGAAGACGUCUUCAUGGAGGCCGCCAAGCACGCUUUGGCCUACCGCCGCAAGCAAAAAGACUACAAAAGGAAGAGGAAAUGUGCAAUUCUAUGACCGCAACAUCCAAGAAACGUUCUUAAAGGAGCAAUAUGUAAGAUUUGCACUUCGAUUACUCAUUAGAUAGCCCUAAUAUUUCAAUAGACAUUGAAGAAACAUGUUUGUUGGAAAUACUUAAUACUCACACGGUUCUCAAUAGUUAAGCCCAGAUAUUUCCCAUUUUAAAAGUCGAUGCUCAGCCCGUAAAAGUUGUUUUGAUACCGUGUUUACAACGGAUGUGCCACCUUCCACCAAUGUAUUUGUCGAAGUUGCCACAACUCUGUAGACUACAUAAACCAAAGUUGCACAAAUAAGACAAGGAUAUGCAUAUACAUUGUGCACAUGCAAUACAAGUACUAUACUUGUAUUACACCUGCAUGCGUACUUGCAUGCACUUGUACAACGAGGACACGUACUUGAGCUUACUUGUAAUACGAGCACGUGUACUUGUACUACAAGCACACACACUUGAGUGUACCUGUAAUACAGGCACGCGCACUUGAACGCACCUGUACCACAAGCGCACACUUGAACGCACCUGUACCACAAGCGCGCACUUGAACGUACAUGUAGCACGAGUGCGCGCACUUGAUCGCACCUGUACCACGAGUGCGCGCACUUGAGUGUACCUGCACCAUCAGCGCGCGCGCGCACUUGAACGUACUUGUACUACAAGCGCGCGUGCGCUUUUACUAUGAGCGAGCGCACUUGAGAACGCAUACUUGCACGUACUUGCAGCAUACGAGCACGCAUACUUGCACGUACUUGCAGCAUACGAGCACGCGUACUUGCACGUACUUGUAGCAUACGAGCACGCGUACUUGCAGCAUA